AAGGACGAUGGCGUCCGUUAAAGAGCUGCUUGUGGACUUACUGAAGGAUCUGAAAGAAGCUGAACCAAAGGAGUUUCAUUGGUGGUUAAAGAAUGGACAUCAUAAGCCUAUAUCAAAGUCUGAAAUGGAGAAGGCAGAUGUAUUAGACACAGUAGAUAAGAUGGUUAUGUGUUUUGGACCAGAAGACGCUGUGAAGGUCACGGUAGACAUCCUGAGAAAGAUGAACCAAAAUGAUCUGGCUAAACAGUUGCAGAAUGAACACAACUCAGACUGAGGACAAUAUGAAGACAUCUGUCCCUGUUAGAGAGCUCCAAAAUGUCUUGAAAACUCACAAAAAAACAACAUGAA